AUGCCCGUCGAUACCUCGCUGCACCGGUUGGGGGUUAUGGCCACCAAGGACUUGAGUGCCGUUGUCAAAAAGGCAACUGAGGUGGUGCAAAGCGGCCGCGCAACGGUAGAUGGCAUCGAACAGUGUUGGAAUGACUUCUGUACCGAGCAGAAAGUUGAUGACAAUGUGGUCUUGGACACAAAGGAAACACGCCGCAUCUUGAGCCAGGCGGCCAAGGUGCAAAGUACAGUCGACCGAUUCGACAAUUACACAAAGCAGGCGCACAGAGAGACCAAGCACAGGAUGGAAACGAUCACGAACAAUGUGGAGAUCGAGACCAUCGCCAUCACACCUGAGGAGGCCAAGUUUGCGGUUACACUGUUCGAUAUGGGUUUAGCUGAUGGCAUCAUACAAAAGGUCAUUGACAAAGAUACCGAGACGCGCAUCAAGCGACACCUCAACGGUCAAGCGACCGGCCAAGUUGAUACGCAACAAGACGUAUUCAAUGAAAUCCGAGAAGCCAACGAAGAGAUUACCAAGCUCAAGACCGAGUUGCAAAAGUCUGUCACGGACAAUACGCGACUAAAGACAGAGGUCAAAGAGACGCAAGAACAGCUCAAACAGGCCGAGACAAAGGCUACCAGCCAAGUCCGCAAGCUUGAGCAAAGAAUUGAAGUGCUGCAGUCGGAACAAUCCGACUCGAGCCUUCGAGAUACGAUCUCUCGUCUGGAAGAAGAAAAGCUGUUGCUGGAUAAGGAGUUGAAAAUACUCCAAGCACAAAGAAUGACCGACAAGCAGACUCUUCAAAACUCUUGGGACACUCGGGACAAAACUCUCAACCAAUGCAAGGAGGUCAUGAAUGAGAACAAAAGUCGUGUCCACAAAAUAAAGGAUUGGUGCAAGCGCGUCUUUCAGCAGGACAUUGACUUGUUGACAAGCCAGAAAGAGGACUUGAAGAGCGAGCUGGAGGGCGUGAAAUCCCAAGUCUCCCAACUCGAGAAGGCCCAUGCCGAAAAAGUCCAGGGUCUUGACAGCCAGCUGUCUCUGUCGAAAAGGCGUCUCCGCAAUCUCGAGAAGGAUCUUGAGAAAAAGACCACGGAGCUUUCUGCUUCGGAGGAACGCGUCUCCAGUCUUCAGCAGCAGCUCGAAGACGUCCAGACGGCUAAUGUCAAGACAGUUCAGCGGUUGGAGGAGGAUCUGUCUGCUUCAAAAGAAUGUGUCCACGGUCUCGAGAAGUCGCUCGAAGAGGCCCAAGCCUCCUUGCAGGCAGACCUUCAAGUGAUUGAAGAAGAGACCAAAAAGCUGUCCGCCCUUGAGGCCCAGCUGGCAACUUCAGAAGGGCGUGUCCACGGUCUCGAGAAGUCGCUCGAAGAGGCUCAACUUGCAGUCUCUGAGCGUGUUGGCAAUCUCGAGAAGGAUCUCGAAAAGGCCCAGGCUACUUCCUUGACUAACCUCCAAGGAGCUGAGGCGAGGAUCAAGGAGCUGUCUGCUUCAAAAGAGCGUAUCUCCGAACUCGGGAAGCAGCUCCAAGAGGCCCAGACUGCUAGUCAAGAACUGCGCGACAUGGUCAAGGCCAAGGAAGAGCAGAUCAAGACACAGUCAGAGAAUGCUGAAAAGCUUCAAAAGGAUCUCGAUGAGGCCAGUGCUGAUGCAAGGGAGUAUCGCAGGCAGUCCUUUGAACUACAAGGACGAGUUGAGGAUCUAAUCGUUGAGAACAGGGCAUUGCAAAGUGAAAACGACGAACAGGGUAGGUCCAUGAUAGACAUGGAUGAAGCAGCAACCAUGAUGCAAAAUGACAAAACACAUCUACAUGCACAACUGUCGAAUCUUUGCGCUCAGGUCAAUGCGGCAAGAAACUUCAAAGCUGAAGCCGACCAAGCCCAGCAGGAAGUAGGAGACCUCGUUAGUCAGGUCUCGGGACUAACAGGUGCCCUGACCAAGGUCAACCAAGGUGACCGUUUGGUAACAACAGAGGACCUUGAUCCCUCUCUCAGACGCUUGCAAGAUCAAGCCCAAAAGCUGACUAUAUUGUAUUACGAGCUCCAUACGAAUGUCGAACAUUGUGUAGCGUUCCUUAACGACUAUACGGGAUAUAGGCUUACUAUAGAUUCUUAG